AUGGCCUCUGGAGUACAUUGCCCGCGAAUACCACGAAUAUACGCUCCGAGACGAGCAUUGUCUUCAACACCUAUACAAUGGAGUCGCGCAUCUAAGAAGGAAGAGGAUGAGGAAGAUGUAGACGAGGAAGAUGACGGUAGCGUAGACGUCGCUGAAAUGGAAAGAUCUCUUCGCGCUGCAUUAAGAGACCCCCAAUUUGAAGCGUCGACGCGGAUCCAGGAACAAAUGUUAAAUAGUGCCAAUUCUAUCAUGUCAAACGCACAAAAAGUACCUAAACUCAAAAAUCCUUUCUGGCAUGACGAUGAAGAAGAUACCGACUUGAUUACGGACGAGCGAAAUGAGGACGAAUUCGACGAGGAUGAUAUUAUGAGCAUGGCACAUGGCAAGUUGGAGGAGUACCGCGAGCAUAGAGAAUAUGCUCGCAUUGCUGCUUGGGAGAUGCCUCUUCUGUCCAAGCUGGCACGGCCCUUCGAACCACCCACAGCUCAGGAACCUUUGCGAUUCCGAUACACGAGUUAUAUGGGUGAAUUCCACCCCGCGGAGAAUAAAGUGGUUCUUGAAUUCUCGCCCAAAGAUAUGCCACUGGACGAGGCCCAGCAACUAAAGCUGAAGAAGUUACUGGGCCCCCGCUACAAUCCAGAAACGGAUGUAGCUAAGAUGAGCUGUGAGCAAUUCGAACACCAAGCGCAGAAUAAGCGCUAUCUUGGUGACUUAGUCGAGGGUUUAAUCGCGCGAGCAAAGGACCCCUCCGAUAUGUUUGAGGACGUUCCUCUCGAUACGAGACAUCACCCAAUUAAGAUCAAGCCCAAAUUUCCAAAGGAAUGGAGGAUGACUGAUGAGCGGAUGAAAUUUCUCGAAGACGCGAGGCAGAAGUCGCUAUUGCUCGAUCAGACGAAAGAGGAAGCCGGCGCCUUGAUUGAUGGCAAAGAGAAGAUCACGCGGUUCUUCAAUGUCCCUGAACCUGAAGUUAGAGUCCCUGAAUAUGCCAAGGCGCAGCUAAAUGAACUCUCGCCACGGGGCAGAAUAGCGCCAACUAGGCGAGUUUGA